UGUCCCACGGACUACGUUCAGUUCUACGAUGGAGCUGACUUCAAGACGGCCGUGCCUAUCGGCGACCGUUUCUGCGGUGAAGUUCGCGACCUUCAAGUGGUCUCCACUGAAUUCACUCUCCUCAUGGUCUUCACGACCGGUGCUGCCUCUUCGAAUCAGACGGCGCAGGUCGUGGGUUCCCAUGAUACCAACGGCGACACUGGAGUACCCGUGUAUCGCGGCUUCCACAUUGUCUACACCUUCUCUGAUCAAGAGCUUGCCAAACCUUUUGGCCAGUGGGAUUUGGUUACUCGUCUCGUCUCCGCAUGCACUGGCUGACAAAAUUUCGCACGUAAAAAUGCGCCUUCAGCACCCCUCGAAGCUAUUUUGA